AUGUUCCUUUUUUAUAUUUCAGCCGUAAGUGCCUACACUUCAGCUUUAAAGUCUUCAAUUAUGUACCAUACGGAGUUCCAACCCAAACUGAUUGCCUCUCGCACGAUCUCUAACGUGAAAACAGACCAAAUAUUCACUAAUCUUCUCAUACAACAUGGAAGAAAAGCCCCGAUCAGGAGUAACAAUGACGAGACAUAUUAUUCAAGAAGUGAAGAGCUUGAGUACUACGGAAAAGUUAGCGGUACCCCAGUCAAGCACUGUAGUGAAAUAUUUCUUGGCGUGAUUGAUGAUCAGGAGAGUACUAAUUCUAUUCUUGUCGUUGGAAAAGCAGGGAUUGGGAAAUCCCUGUUUUGCCAUAAGGUGAUUCGCGAUUGGGCCAACAACGAAUUAUUUCAAGCACGAGAAAACACCGAAAUCCCCAAUUUAAAGUUUGUGUAUUUGCUUACUUUCCGUCAAUUGAAUUUGCUUGAAAAUACCUGUGUGACUUUAAGAGAAAUCUUAAAUUGUUGUUCGGCUCUGGAUGACAAAUGUAACAUUGAUGACUCUACAUUUGAGUACAUUUUAAAGCAUCCCAAGGAAGUUAUGGUCAUCCUCGACGGCUAUGAUGAGUAUUCACAGCAAGACUACAUCGCUGGAAACUUAGAGGAACAGCAUCCCAAUAACGCUAGACGUAAAAUGCCGGUGGCCGCAUUAUGUUCAAAACUCAUUAAAGGGAAAAUCUUGAGAGGGGCUAUCGUCAUGAUUACCUCGCGACCAGAUGAAUCGGACAAGAUGGGAGGAAUCCGUUUUAAACGAUAUGUGGAAAUUGCAGGAUUUUCGUCGGAACAAGUCAAAGAAUACGUUGAGAAAUACUUCGAGAAAAACGAAAAUAUGAAGAACGCUGUUCUUAAACAUGUCAUGAACAAUGAGAACCUUGUGAGUUUUGCUCAUAUUCCUAUGCUCUGUUAUCUGUUGUGCUUUGAGAUGGAGUAUACCCUAACCGAAUCAGAAAAUCCUGAUGACCUUCCUGUCUCAACAACCGACGUUUACACCAAACUUAUUGAAAUAUUUGAACUUAAGCACUACGCCGAGUCAGAAUACAAACAGAAAGAAAUUCCUGAGCAAUUCAAGGCCCCUCCUGUCAUUAAGAACACUUUAGAUAAAUUAUCAAAGCUAGCGGCUAAACUGUUGGUUGAAAGAAAGCCAACUUUUGAUGAAAGGGAGAUGGAAGGCGAUUUUGAAGCGGAAGAAGUCAGCAAACUUAAAGGUAGUGGUCUUCUUUACUGUGGUCAGCCUUUCAGGACUGCACUGAUUACAACCACGAAGCACUUUAGCUUCACACAUCUAACCGUCCAAGAAUUCUUGGCUGCUCGUCGGUUUGUUAAGGAAAAUCGCGUUCCAGACAAAGAAUGCUCUGAAAUGGUUGUCCAAUUUUUUGCUGGCGUGUUAUCAAGUGAGGGAAACGAAGAACUGAUGGAAAAACUAUUAAAUUCGCCCAUUAUGCAUCGUGAUCUUAAAAGGACGUGUCUGACUGAGUAUCAAAACAAAGAAUUUGCCAAAAAAUUCAUCAGGAAUAAUCCGCAAGCGUUCUGUAAUUCAGACGGCGUCAUGGCUUCUAAGGAGUUAUCAGAUGUGGACUGCAUUGGAGUAUCAUUUGUGUUGGACAUUAUCAGUGAACUAAAUAAAGAGGAAGCUAGAGAGGCACAACGCAAAUGUUCUGAUAAGUUCGUCACAGUUCAGAAGUUAAAACUUAGUGGAUCACAGCUAACACUGUCUGGAAUACAACGAAUCUGUAAUUCACUGAACAAUGAACACUGUCUUGUGUCUGAACUGCACUUAUUGGACAUUUACUUGGCUGAUGAAUGUGUUGAUGUUAUUAAUAGAUUAGUAGUAAGGAAGUUAACCAAAUUAACUCUAGUGUUCACUAAGAUCACUGAUACCGGUGUGGCCAGUCUAUGUGAAGCUUUACAGCAUCCAAGCUGUAAGCUAACCACACUAGAUCUGCUGGGUAGUUCUAUCACUGCUACCGGUGUUGCCAGUCUAUGGGAAGCUUUACAGCAUCCAAGCUGUAAGCUAACCACACUAAGUCUGCGGCUUAAUUCUAUCACUGAUACCGGUGUUGCCAGUCUAUGUGAAGCAUUACAGCAUCCAAGCUGUAAGCUAACCACACUAAAUCUGCAGUUUAGUUCUAUCACUGAUACCGGUGUUGCCAGUCUAUGUGAAGCUUUACAGCAUCCAAGCUGUAAGCUAACCACACUAAAUCUGCUGGGUAGUUCUAUCACCAAUACCGGUGUUGCCAGUCUAUGUGAAGCUUUACAGCAUCCAAGCUGUAAGCUAACCACACUAAGUCUGGAAAGUAGUUAUAUCACUGAUAUCGGUGUUGCCAGUCUAUGUGAAGCAUUACAGCAUCCAAGCUGUAAGCUAACCACACUAAAUCUGCCGGGGGAUUUUAUCACUGAUACCGUUGUUGCCAGUCUAUGUGAAGCUUUACAGCAUCCAAGCUGUAAGCUAACCACACUAAAUUUGCAGAGAAGUAAUAUCACUGAUACCGUUGUUGCCAGUCUAUGUAGAGCUUUACAGCAUCCAAGCUGUAAGCUAACCACACUAAAUCUGGGGGAAAAUUACAUCACUGAUACCGGUGUUGCCAGUCUAUGUGAAGCUUUACAGCAUCCAAGCUGUAAGCUAACCACACUAAAUCUGCAGUUUAGUUCUAUCACUGAUACCGUUGUUGCCAGUCUAUGUAGAGCUUUACAGCAUCCAAGCUGUAAGCUAACCACACUAAAUCUGGGGGAAAAUCACAUCACUGAUACCGGUGUUGCCAGUCUAUGUGAAGCUUUACAGCAUCCAAGCUGUAAGCUAACCACACUAAAUCUGGGGAAAAAUUACAUCACUGAUACCGGUGUUGCCAGUCUAUGUAGAGCUUUACAGCAUCCAAGCUGUAAGCUAACCACACUAAAUCUGGGGGGAAAUCACAUCACUGAUACCGGUGUUGCCAGUCUAUGUGAAGCUUUACAGCAUCCAAGCUGUAAGCUAACCACACUAAAGUAUUUUUAA